AUGAGGCUCAGCCACGUGCAAGCUCACAUCGAGCAACAGUUUAUUUUAUCUAAAUUCAUAACGAAGGCAUAUGAUAGUUUUGUUGGUGACGGAUUGUCAGAUGUUACUACGAAUAGAGUAAAGUCUUGCUUGUCGACCUUGAAAGAUGACUGGGAGCGUUUCUGCUUGGAACACAAAGCAAUAUUAGUAGCAAUGCACGAAUUAAAUGACGAUGAUCGUCUUGUUAUUCAAAGUCACGCUUUGGAGAAACAAUUAGGAUCAUCCAAGGAGCCGCCUACUUGGCAACAAUUUAGUGAAUUUCUCAUUUCUCAAUUGUUAACUUUUCAAGCAUUUGAAAAUUCUCGAUCUGGUUUACUCCCACUACAGCCAAAUUCAAAAGCAGUCAAAUCUCAUUAUCAAGGAAAGUCAACCGAAAAUAAAUACACUUCGAAAUCUGUUCCACAAAAAGUCGCGCUUAUCAACAAGCACAAAUUAUGCUUCAAUUGCUUAGGAACGCAUCGAGUCUCGGCCUGUCAAAUAACAAAGCGCUCACACAUUUUACGUAAACUUACUACAUCAAUUCCUUCUACUCAAAUUAACAAACCAUUAUGGCCGCACCUGAAAGGACUGCAAUUGGCAGAUCCGAAUUUUCUUUCCUCUCAGUCCAUCGAUUUAAUUUUAGGCGCCGAUAUAUAUGGACAUAUUAUUGAAAAUAAAGUUAUCAAGGGACCCCCACAUUCACCCACUGCUCAAUUCACAAAACUUGGAUGGAUUGUGUCCGGUCCAACAGACACUAACGUUUCUAGUAAUACCUCGCACAGCUACCAUGUAUCUGUCGAUGAUGAACUUUACAGAUUAUUACAUCGUUUUUGGGAAAUAGAUGAGAUUCCUUCCGUAAACACUUCAUCUUUAUCUUCCGCUGAUCAAGAGUGCGAAAAUCAUUUCGUAUCUACACACAGUCGAGACGCUCAUGGUCGAUACAUCGUUAAACUACCGUUCAAACGGUCUCCUGAUCAGUUAGGCAACUCACGAAAUAAGGCCGUUCGAUUAAGUACAAACUUAUCCAACAAGUUUUCAACUAAUUCUGUUUACGCCCAGUUAUAUUCAAAAUUCAUGUCCGAAUAUGAAAGCUUAGAACACAUGCAAAUAGUCCCUGAAUCUCAACCUGAACCUCAACCUGUGUAUUACCUUCCCCAUCAUGGAGUUAUGAGAGAGCACAGUCUCACCACCAAACUCCGGGUUGUUUUCAAUGGUUCCAGUCGAACUACCUCCGGCGUAUCGUUAAAUGAUCUUCUUCACACAGGAGCAAAACUCCAAACAAAUCUAUUUGAUGUUCUCGUGUGGUUCAGGAAAUUUCAUUGUGUCUUUGUCUCUGAUAUGGAGAAGAUGUACAGGCAAAUCAAGAGCAACUGUCUUCGUACAUAUGAACUAACUACCGUCACAUAUGGACUAGCUUGUGCUCCUUUUUUGGCACUUCGUACUUUACUUCAACUUAUUGAAGACGAAGGUCAAAACUUUCCUCGUGCCAUUCCAUCGUUGACAAAAGGGCGAUAUGUCGAUGAUGUAUUUGGAGGCGCAGAUUCCAUCGACGAAGUUCAACCGAUCAUUACUCAAUUAAAUCAACUCUGCAUGGCGGGCGGUUUCACUCUCCGAAAGUGGAUAAGUAAUUAUCCUUCCAUUCUUAAAGACAUUCCAACUGAACAUCAAACGAACCUCACAUCGCUAGAAUUCAAAGAUAGUACAGUUUUUAACGCAUUAGGAUUAUGCUGGCAACCAGCAAUUGAUGCCUUUCAAUUUACCUUAAAACUUCCUUCUACAAAACACAUUACGAAACGAUGUAUCUUAUCCACCAUUUCAACAUUGUUCGAUCCCCUAGGUUUGCUAUCUCCAAUCACUAUCAAAGCAAAAAUACUCAUUCAAGAAUUGUGGGCCAUUAAACUCGAUUGGGAUGACCAUCUUUCUAUGAUGGUAACCAACAAGUGGACCACGUUUCUCAAUACUCUUCAAGAAAUGACUCACCUCACGUUUCCUCGUUGGCUUGGAUGCAAGUCAACGGAUAAAAUCGAAAUUCAUGGUUUCUGUGAUGCUUCCCAACAAGCAGCUGCUGCCGCUGUAUAUCUUAGAUCUACAGAUUCAAAUGGCAUCAUUUCAAUAAAUCUUGUGGCUUCAAAGACAAAAGUCGCUCCAUUAAAGAAACUUACGAUACCCAGACUCGAACUUUCCGGAGCUGUUCUGUUAGCAAAGUUAAGUUCACACAUAUUGAAGGUACUGGAAAUUGGAAAUAUUCCUAUUUAUCUGUGGACGGAUUCUGCCAUUACAUACACGUGGAUUAAUAAUCAUCCAUCUCGAUGGAAAGAAUUCGUUCACAACCAAGUGUGUUACAUUCAGGAAACCUUACCUUCCGCACGUUGGAAAUUUGUUCCGGGUAAUGAGAAUCCGGCUGAUCUUGCUACCCGAGGAUUGACUCCCAUUCAAUUACGGAUGUAA